GUUUUGUCCUGCAGCAAUCUAAACCAGGGGCAGUGGCACACAGAUACAGCUUCUUAGGAGGCUGAGGCAGGAGGAUCUCAGGUUUGAGAACAGCCUGAGCCACAUGGAAGAGCCUGUCUCUAAAUAACCAAAAGCAGGAAGCAGAGUCCUUCAAGGAACAAGGAAAUGCUUAUUAUGCCAAGAAAGAUUACCACGAGGCCUACAACUACUACACGAAGGCCAUAGAUAUGCGUCCCAAAAACGCAAGCUACUACGGGAACCGGGCGGCCACGCUGAUGAUGCUGGGCCGGUUCCGAGAGGCACUGGCGGACGCGCAGCAGUCUGUGCGGCUGGACGACGGCUUCGUGAGGGGACAUCUGCGAGAGGGCAAGUGCCACCUCUCCCUGGGGAAUGCCAUGGCAGCGUGUCGCAGCUUCCAGAGAGCUUUGGAACUGGACCACAGAAACACUCAGGCGCAGCAGGAGUUCAAGAAUGCUAAUGCGGUUAUGGAAUAUGAGAAAAUAGCAGAGACGGAUUUUGAGAAGCGAGAUUUUCGGAAGGUGGUUUUCUGCAUGGACCGGGCCCUGGAGUUCGCCCCUGCCUGCCACCGCUUCAAGAUCCUCAAAGCAGAGUGCCUGGCGAUGCUGGGCCGCUACCCAGAGGCACAGUCUGUGGCCAGCGACAUCCUGCGGCUGGACUCCACCAACGCCGACGCGCUGUACGUGCGGGGCCUGUGCCUCUACUACGAGGACUGCAUCGAGAAGGCCGUGCAGUUCUUCGUGCAGGCGCUCAGGAUGGCGCCCGACCACGAGAAGGCCUGCGUGGCCUGCAGGAACGCCAAAGCCCUUAAAGCAAAGAAGGAAGAUGGGAAUAAAGCGUUUAAGGACGGGAACUACAAGUUAGCGCAUGAACUGUACACAGAAGCCCUGGCCAUAGACCCCAACAACAUCAAAACAAACGCCAAGCUCUACUGUAAUCGGGGGACAGUCAACUCCAAGCUCAGGAAGCUGGAUGAGGCGAUCGGGGACUGCACGCGGGCCGUGACCCUCGACGACUCGUACAUCAAGGCCUACUUGAGGAGAGCGCAGUGUUACAUGGACCUGGAGCAGUACGAGGAGGCCGUGCGGGACUACGAGAAGGUCUACCAGACAGAGAAGACGAAAGAACACAAACAGCUCCUGAAGAACGCACAGCUGGAGCUGAAGAAGAGCAAGCGGAAAGACUACUACAAGAUCCUGGGGGUGGACAAGAACGCCUCGGAGGACGAAAUCAAGAGAGCCUACCGGAAGCGGGCCCUGAUGCACCACCCAGAUCGGCACAGCGGGGCCAGCGCCGAGGUGCAGAAGGAGGAGGAGAAGAAGUUCAAGGAGGUGGGUGAGGCCUUCACCAUCCUCUCGGACCCCAAGAAGAAGACGCGCUACGACAGUGGGCAGGACCUGGACGAGGAGGGCAUGAACAUGGGCGAUUUCGACGCCAACAACAUCUUCAAGGCUUUCUUCGGGGGUCCUGGGGGCUUCAGCUUCGAAGCGUCCGGGCCCGGGAAUUUCUUCUUCCAGUUUGGCUAAUGAAGGCCCUGCCGGCCCUGCACGCAGUCUCCGCCUGCCCGCCUCGUGUGGAUGGCGCCUCCCCGUCCUGGCCCUGUACCCGCAGCUCUGCCCCUCAGCCGGCUGUGUGGUUGCUGUUGCUGUCUCUGUGGUGUGAGCGGGGCAGAGGGAGCCGAGCCACAGAUGGGGAGGCAGCUUGUGAAUCUUUGUUUUACUGUUUAACUUUAUUAAAAAAGGAAAAAGUGGAGAAAAUAAAACAUUGUGA